GUCAGUGUGGCCCCGUGACUCCCGCGGAACGGAGCGGCACCACCGGCGAGGGAUGCGGCUCGAGCCCACACCGAGAUGACGCCUGGAAUAGAGGAUGGGCGUCGGAAGAAGGAUAUGAAAUGGAAGGCAACAGCGGUUUUGGCAAUUUUACUUUCGUCUGUCAGUCUCUCAGAAGGACAAUGUUUCGGAGGCACGCUGACCUACGAGAAGACGGUGGGGCGCACGUUCCAGCCGCGAGGUGCCGAGACGCAGGACCUGCUGGUGAACCCCAACUCGCCGGUGGUACGGGACUGCACGGCGCUCUGCAGCCAGGCAGACUACUGCCGCGGCUUCGUACUCGACUAUCCGUCCGGACGGUGCACAUCGUAUGACCUGGAAACCAGCGGCCGCGAGGUCGACCUGGUAGAGAGACAAGGCAGCAGUUACUACGAGGAAAUAUGUCUCAGAGGAGUUGCCGAGGAGUUCUCGGAUAUGUGCGGCGACGACCGGCUCUGGGUGUUUGAGCGCGUGCUCGGAGCCUCGCUCGAGGGCUUCGACACCAAAGAGGUGCGAUCCGUACAGAAUCGGGUCGACUGCGAGCGUGCCUGCCUCAUGGAGACAGAGUUCAACUGCAGGUCAGCCGACUACGACAGCGUGGCUCGCACGUGUAGUUUGAGCAGGGAGGACCGGCGCACUCAGCCGGACGCCUUCCGACCCGGCCGAGGAACCACCGAGUACCUCGAAAACCAGUGCGCCAAACAGCUGCCCGACUGCCGGUACGACCCUCCGGAGCGCGGGGUGAGUGUUCUCACCCCGGACUCACUGGACUUUGCCAGCUCCGCGACCUCCUGCGAGACAGCCUGUACCAACGAGCGGCGCUUCGUCUGCCGCUCGUACACGUUCGACCGCGAGCGGAACAGGUGCUACCUGAGCGGCGACGACGCCGUCAGCCUGGGACGGGUGACGCUGCCGCCGCUGGCUGAUGCCGUCACCAGCCAGCGGGUCUGCACUCUCGAAUCGUGUGAGGACGGUCUUCUGACCUACGAGAAGAUCACCGGCCACAUCCUUCGUGGUGCCGACCAGGAGCCGUUCGACGUCCCCUCCUCCACCCUGCAGGGAGUCACCACCGCCUGCACAGAACAGUGUGGAGAGGCGGGCUCCGAGUGUCCUGCCCUGGUGAUCGACUACUCCAACCAGCGCUGUUACCGCCUGGACCGCAACACACAGGGCCGCACCCGCGACCUCCAGCCACGAGAGGACUACAACUACUUCGAGAAAAUCUGCCUCGGGCGCGCCGCCAGAUCUCAGUGCCGUACAAAGACGUGGGCCUUCGAGCGCGUGCCAGGAAUGCAGCUAAGGUUCCAGCGGGGUGACCGCGUCCUGCGCCAGGUGCCGACCAGGAAGGACUGUCAGAACGCCUGCCUCGAGGACGGCUGCCGCUCAGCGACGUUCGACUCGGAGAACCUCGAGUGUCGGCUGAGUCGCGCCAGUCGCCGUCAGAUGCCCGAAGACUACGUCGAGAGCAGCCGAGGCGUCGAGUACCUGGAGAACCAGUGCAUCGGAGCCGACACGCGCUGCGACUACGCUCCGCUCACGGACAAGUUCCCGCGCUACAUCGACCAGACGAUCCCCCGCGUGGACCGGGUGCGCGACUGUGAGCGUCUGUGCACAAACAGCCGCGAGUUCGUGUGUCGCUCGUUCUCGCUCUACACCACCGCCGGCCAGUGUCUGCUCAGUGGCGAUGACGAAGCAUCGGCGGGAGAAACUGCGUACACUUCUCGGGCCGGUACCGAUUUCUACCAGCGCGAAUGUCGAGAGCGGCGACGCGAUCCGGACCGUCCCGAUCGUCCAGAUCGUCCGGACCGUCCAGAUCGGCCGGAUCGCCCGGAUCGGCCGGACAGGCCGGACCCGGACCGACCCGUGUUCCCGGACCGUCCGGACCGCCCGGACCCGGACCGGCCUGUGUUUCCGGAUCGGCCGGACCGUCCGGUGUUCCCGGACCGCCCUGACCAGCCGGACAGACCAGGCUCCUGUGACCAGUACGAGCUGAUCACUGGGGUCGAGAUGAGGCAGGUGCGCGGCGUCGAGCUCACCUCAGGAAGAGAGGGCGCCGGCAUCAUGGCCGACUGCAUCCGAGCGUGUGACCGAGACCGGCGCUGUUCUGCCUUCAACCUCGAACACGGAGGGGGCACUCGCCAGCCGCCGCGCUGCUCGGCGCUCGAGCUUCGGGAGAACGUCGAGGUCGACUCACGAGACCUCACCGACACUCCGGGCGUCAGCUUCAUGCAGAAAAUCUGCCUCAGAAGCCGCGGCUGUUCCAAGCUGUACACAUUCGAGCGGCUGGUGAACGCAGAGCUGUCUGUGCGCGAGGACAGGGCCCUGCGCGGAGUCUCCAAGACCGAGUGUCAGGACGCGUGUCUGAGUGAGCGCAGCUUUGAGUGCCGCUCUGCCACGUACGACUACCGCGACCGACUGUGUCUGCUGAGCCGGGAGACUCGGCAGAGUGCGCCACGCGCCCUGCGCCGCACCAACGGCAAAGACUACUUCGAGAACCAGUGCGCUAGAGAGUUCGAGGACUGUUCGUACCGUAACGAGGCGCGCGACGCGUUCCUGUUGUAUACGCACAAGGCGGUGUCAGCGUUCAGUGACGGCCGAUGCCGAGAGGCGUGCGACAGGGAGCGGGACUUCAACUGCGCCUCCUACUCCUUCCUGCCUCCGAGCCGCGCCCGUGACAUGACGUGCCUGCUGUCGGGAGUGCGGGCCGCAGACCUGGACCGCAGCGGGGUGCGUUUCCUGGAGGGAAGUCUGUACGCCGAGCGUGUCUGUCAGGACCGCGCUUCAGGCAGACCCGAUAGACCCGACAGACCCGACAGACCCGACCGGCCUGACCGGCCAUUCAGGCCCGACAGGCCAGACAGACCAGAGCCCACCACGGACUCGCCAGGGUCAAACGAGGUGGACACGGACGGUCGUCGGUCGCCCGACAUCCGCCGCUGCCGGGUGACGCCCACUUACGAGAAGGUGCUGAACGUCGAGUACCGGCGAGCCAGGCGGUUCGACAUCGAGAGCCGAACGCGUGGACGAGGCGUCACCGUGCCCUGCCUCCUGCAGUGUGAGCGGAACCCGCGCUGUCUCGGCGUCAGUCUGGAGUACGGAGAGCGCGGAGAGCGCUGCUACGGCCUGGAGAACUCGGCCGGCCAGGACGGCGGCUCCCUCAGCAACGCCGACGGCGUGGCCUACUUCGAGAAAGUCUGCAUCGAACAUCGCACGUGCGGCAAGGGGUGGACGUUCGAGCGUGUCCCCAACUACAUGCUUGAGGGCCACGACGACCUGGUGCAGCGGCGGGUACCCAGCAAGGAGAUCUGCCAGAUGCUCUGCCUGCAGAAUAUUCGCAUGCCUUGCAGGUCUGCCGAGUACAACUACCGGGAUCAGACAUGCACCAUGUCCACCCAGACACGGAGGAUGCAGCCGAGGGACUUUGUCUACGCCGAGGACGUCGACUAUCUCGAGAACCAGUGUGCUCCCGAUCCACCAAACUGCGAGUACCGCGACGUGGAAGGCCGCUUCCUGCCCUACGUGGACCGCAUGUUCGCCCGAGUCCGCAACAAGCAAGAGUGCAUGCGAAACUGCGAUGUUGAGCGCGACUUCAAGUGCCGCAGCUACAACUUCAACGAGCGCCAGCGCGAGUGCACCAUCAGCAGCGACGACUCGACCAGUCUGGGGGAGUCUGCUUUGGUCGCCGACACUGACAGCGUGUUCAGCGAGAGAGGCGUCUGUCGCACCGGUAAUUCGCCGGCGACAGGUCACGGUCAGGUCACCGGGUCAGGCGGCAUCUAUGAUCCGGCGGCCGACCCGCGCCCGUUUACCAGUCUCUUCUGGCCGUCAAGGGGUGCGGCGGGAGUUCCAAUAGGAUCUCCGGCUGUAUCCGCUAGUGGACAGAUCUGGACGGGGACUAAGUGGGGAACGGCUGGUCGCCCUGAGGUUGACUUAGACCCGACCAACGGUCUUCCGUUGGGUUCACCAGUGGAGGACGAGAUAGACUCGUCUGAGGACCUGCUGGGGCCUGGUCUGGUCACCGGUCACGUGCUAGGUUUAUUCGCCGCGCUGGGUCGCGGGGACCGGUUCGAUCCCACUCCGUGGAGUGACGGAGGGAUCCCGCCGGAUUUGUCCGAGGGAUCCGGUGUGCUGCUGGAUUCGGAUCAGGACCAGCAUGGUCUGGCGGCUCAGGAACAUCAGUUUAGGGAAAGAAUAGAGGACGGCUUCUUGCAGUGGAGUGACCUCCAUCGGAGCCUAGCUAGUGGCUCUGCAGACGCUGACUCUCCUUGGCAGCGGGGUAGGCUCCCUUCUCCCCUUCCUCCCAGUUUUGAGCACAAUCAGGGGGCUGUCCCAGCCUCCGGGACCCACGGACAGUCACCGGCGGACUCUGGACUCCAGUCACCGGCGCUGGAGUCCGCCGCUGGGGCUGGAGGCGACAGUUCCCGGCUGGAGGAGCAUCCGGAGGCGGAGUACUUCGGCGGAGAGGGAGCCACCAUCGGACCAGGCUCAACAGUGACCGUCGAGUGCACGAAGAACGAUAUGCAGGUGACCUUCAGCUUCGGCCGGAGCUUCGAGGGCCGGGUGUACGCGACUGGUAACGCCCAGGCCUGCUUCGACAUGGGCAACGGCAGGCAGGUGGUGCAGCUGUCCAUCCCGCUCGGAUCCCGCUGUGGCACCGUGGAGGAGGGCCGCGGCCGGUACGUGAACCACGUGGUGAUCCAGCAGCAUCCGACCAUCAUGCAGGAGUCAGACAAGACGGUGCGCGUCGAGUGUACCUUUGACGCCAAUGACCAGACGGUUACCCUGGCUCCCACCGGGAACCGCUUCACCGAGGGAGGCGGCGUCGACGUCAACGCGCCCUUUCGGCCGGCGGGUACUUCAGUGGUUACGAACACUGCGCCGACCCCUAGUGUUAGUCUCCGAAUCGUCGGCCGCGCUGGACGCGACACGGACGAGGUCAGCCUGGGAGAGGACCUGACCUUCAUGAUCGUCGCCGACCCGGGCAGCGCGUUCGGCAUCCUCGGAAAGAGCGUCGAGGCGCGCACCGACAACGGCGAGCUGCUGCCGCUCAUUGAUGAACAGGGAUGUCCACGCGACAGCAGCAUCUUCCCAGCGCUUCAGCUAGAUCGGCAGACAAAGAAUCUGAUGGCCAACUUCAAGGCCUUCCGCUUCCCCAGCACGGCGCGCGUCAACUUCUUCGCGACUGUGCAGUUCUGUCAAGACGAGUGCCCUCCGGCGCGCUGCCCUGGAGGCAACUCGUACGGCCGUCGUCGGCGCCGAUCGCUGAACGACACUGCCGAGCCGGAGACUGAGGAGGGCGUAGUGAUGACUGCCACCGCUGAAGUACCCAUGGACCUGAGAAUCGGCCUGACCGCUGACCUACCGUUAACGCUCUCCCCCGUCCCGUCAACGAGCACCACCGCUGGCCCAUCAUCAGCAGCUGACGUGGUCUCUGAAGCGAGCUCUUCGACAAGCACAACUUCCCAAUCGACUCCAGAACAUCCACCAAACUUUGGAGAGGAGCCGGUUUGGGCUAGUUCCGCGGAGACGGGUACUGAACCACCUAACAACCCCGCGGAUGGACCAUACGAACAACAGCCGGACAAUAACCCUGCAGAUCGUCCGAUGAACUCGCUAGAUGGGGUCCUCAAUGAAAACCAGAACGAAAUCUCAGAUAACCUGUGGGAGGAGCUCCCGGAGGAAGAUGAUGAGGAGGUGCCCGUGGGCCCGAGGGUGGCGGCAGUCCUCUCCAAGACACGCCGCCGGCCCGCUCCGGAGGAGGACCCGCAGGAGAAUGAGGUGUCUGAUGUCGCACGGAAGGAGCCUGAUCCGCUGCUGCCGCAGGCGCUGCCACUAACAGCCUCGCUGAUGGUGGGCCCGGACAUCUCCUCGGAGAAGGUGCGGGUGCUGCUGGAGGACGGACUGGAGGCCGCAGACGAGGCGGUCCGGGAGGCGUCCGAGAGGCACCGCGAGUACGACCCAGUGUUCGGACACAACUGGACCGGCCGCCACGACUACUUCACCGGCCGUUCGUGGGCGGACGAGGUGUGCACGCCUCGCUCCACAGUGAUCGCCGCCUGCGUGACCCUGGCGCUGGCGCAGCUGGGUCUCCUGCUGGGCGGCAUCGUGUUCUACCGGCUCAGGCGGCGCCGCUGGCAGGCCGCCCUCCGACCCAACAGCGUUCAGCCCCCGGCCGAGGACGUCAUCUACGCUACGCCGCAGGAACUCGGCAUCGGCAAAGGCUACAGCGCCAGCGAGAUGGGCCUCGGCAGAGGCUACAGUCGCUUCGGUAGAGCGACGAAGCAUGACUUCCCCGUGCCACUCCCGCGAGGUGGUACUUGAUUGGAGAAAGCGGAGAUGAAAGACAGUGCCUGGGAGAAGAAAGAAUGGAAAGAAUGCGGCGAGUGAGCUAUAGGAACGGAAAGAGACAGCAGACAGAGCAGAAACAUUGACUGAACAUGCUCUUCGCGCAUGCCAUUCCAUUGACAUUGCCUAGUCAGUAAGUUCAUGAGUGCUAUAUUGAAGUGGCAUGAUGGAUAAAUCAAAUCAUCCUGUGAGUGUGUUGGCCGCUGUAGGUGAAACGGCUGCACUGCGCUGUCGCGCUAGGUUAGAGGUUCAUACGCAUCACUCACCGCGCUGUGUAACUCCACAGAGACAUUUGACCGUCGGUGGUGCCCUGUGAUGAAACGCUCGCGUGAUCCGGUUCCUGCUAGAAUCCUAAAGGUGUCUAAGUUAGUGAUAAGUGUGCGCAAGGCAGCAUAAUGUGAAGUAAGAACAAAUUUCGCUUUGUAAUGGAAAUUUGCCCGACUUUGUAAUAAUCAAAGCUGUACCGUUACCGACAAGGAAUCCCUCUCUUCGUCUUCUGUUCUUUAUGGGUACGGCACGCGUCCAUUGCCGCCGGUCCGGCCGUCAUUGUCCACCGUCACGAGGGGUUGCCCAUGAAGCAGGCGUCAUUUCCCCGGUGGGAGUGGGGACCCGACUCGGGACUCAGCAUCCCAGGGGAACAGAGUCGCCGUCCCCGCUCCCACUGGCCAGGCUUGGUACCCCGGGUAGUCUGUACGGAUUUAUGUUAGAAUAGGCACUGCCGCAUUGCUUGUUUUGGGAAGUGUCACCCGCUUUUCAGGUUAAGUUUCUCGUCUUUGACAUGAGUAGGUUUAUCAUUGCUUUCGGCAACUUUCCAAGAAAUACAUAUCAAUAAGCUACCAAUCUGGCAAGACGGCCGGGUUCAUAUGUACUGGGAUUUGUGGCAUUGAUGGUGUUAUUAGCUAAGUGGCUGAUAUAGCGGAACGGAAAUGGUCAUUAGCUCGUGUAUUUGACUACGAUACACUGUGAACGUUUGUUUGCUGAUCGCUUUUGCACGCUUUCUGCACUAGUGACGGUGGGAAAGUGACGGCCAGUGUCCGAGAUGCCCUGUAUGCCUCGCACUUUUCGUAAAUAAAAAAUGACAAAAGUACAAA